AUGGAAGUUGAAAAGGCAAUUUCAGAACAUUGCCUUAAUUAUUUUGAUUUUUCCAAUUUUACCAUUAUCGAGAAAAUUGAUAAUGAUGUUUUUAAAGCCUGUUGGAAAGAUUGUAAACAAAUAGUCGUUUUAAAACGUCCGAAAGUUGAUAAAUCUAUAGAUAUGAAUAUAGUUAAUAAAGAACUUCAAAUUUUACAACAAGUCAGUAAAAUCAGCUUUCAUACAAAUAUUAUUGAGUUUUAUGGUAAAACAAAAGAUAAUGCAGUUACUCUUAAUGUUGACAAUGCCAUUUCAGGGCAACACGUAAGGAAUUUUGAAUAUAACAAAUUUAAAGAAUUUGACAAAAUCGAUGGAGUGUCUAGUUCUGCAUUUAAAGCAAUAUGGAAAUAUCAUGGACUCGUGUCGUUCUUAAAA